UCCUUCUACACAAAACGAUCAGUGAUAGACGAGGAUGCUGCCAUCUCUAGCUGGCUACUAGCUAGCUAGCCUGGAGUCAGAUACAUGUAGAUUGGCAGGAAGUGAUUUUUCGAAGCAGCAGCUAAAGCAUUGGGUACCUGGUUCCUGGUACCAUUCUUCACAAAACCAUCUGUGAGUGACUGAUGAGCACUGUCAUCUCUACCGUACGUACUCCAGAAGUAGCUGGCAGCCAACUGCCAGAGAUUGGCAGGAAGUGACAGUGUUUUGAGAGUGGGCUUCUACCAAAGUUACUGAAGCAGCAUCUCCAACAUUCAAACGGCAAGCACAAGCAACCCUCUACACAGAUGUAAUCAACUAACUUGUCUCUACAUGAAUUGAGAGACUGAGUGACUGAGUCGCGUCACCUAGAACAAUGUUGUUGUUCUCAUGCGGCUUCCCACCGAGACAAACCAGUGCGGAAGACAGUCUUUUUAAAGGUUGAAAUGACUCCUGAUAGAGGCUUUUCUCUGUUUCUCCGAGAUUUUGGCUGUUUGUUUGGCUUGCUAGCUAGAGUACUAGUAACGGAACACAUGUACAGUACUGGCUAGCUAGCUAGUAGCAGCUGGUACAUCACCAUUUCUUUAUUCUUGCUGUUGGUUUUUGUGUUCCUGUUUUUGUUGUUCCAUUUAUUUUUCUUUUUUGUUGAGCACCAUGAAACUGUUGGCAUCAUCAUCAUCAUCCUCUUCAUCCACGAUGAUGCCUGUUACACAACGUCUACUAGUAGUACAUGUGGCAUUGCUGCUGUCUGGCCUUUCGAGUGUUUCCGCCGAAUUGCGACGCAACGGCGAGAUUUGCGUUUCGCCUACCAACACCUACACAGCCAAGGUAGACAUCCACGCGUCUGAGAGAGGCUACUAUGUGUUUGAAGAAUGCGGGGAAGACUGGGUCAAUCCAACCAUUGGCCUGGAAUUUGGACAAGUCUACACCUUUAUCCAAAAGCACAAAAGCAAUUACUGGCAUCCCAUUGAUUUUAGCUACUUUCCAGAUGCUCAUCACGUGGGAGCAGAACUCCUAGAUCCACGUACCAAGGGCAAUGACGGUGGGGACUCCAUCAUUAGUAAUUUGCCAAAUCAGCAAACUACCACUACUAGUGCUGCUUCUGCCAAUGGUCCAGCAGACACUUGUGCCACCAACAUGACCUGCCCUGCUCCCAUGUACUUUUUGAAUGAUGGGUAUCUGGGAACGUACAGCAACAUUAAAGAAGUUGCACCCAUCACAAGCAACGAACACGACAUUGGACUCGAACUAUACGAAGACUUUUUCUUCAAGUCCAUGGCCACUUGGACCGGAUUCGGAACUUUUUCCAUCCAACUCAAGUUCGACGAUGAAUCGUACACUGGAAAGGAUAUUUUCUAUUACUGUCGAAUCCAUCAGUUCAUGGCCGGACGAAUGAAGCUACUCAAGAACGGGGUUCCUGUCAAUGAACAGGACGAUCCACCCAUGUACUUUGAAAUGGAAACACCGGGACAGUUCGAUGCCAUGUGUGGAACCUACGGUUUGGAUGCGUUCCAACUACCGCAUCCUCAAUGCCCCGAUCGAUUCGUUUGCGAUGUCGAUGAACGCAUGAGAGACUUUGCUUCCUGCAUCGACGCCAUGGAUUGCCACAUGAUACUUGGCAUGACGACCAAGGUUUCGUCCAAGACGGAAUUGGCCUUGUUUGUGCAUCAAAUGAUUCCGCAUCAUCAGAACGCCGUGAACAUGGCCAAGGCAUUGUUAAAGGCUGGCUUUUUACCAUGUGACGAUUUGACGAAUGAGGAGGAUCCGUACUGUAUCAUGCAAUCGCUGUUGUAUGGUAUCGUGAAUCGUCAGAAUCACGAGAUUGGAGUGAUGAGCAAGAUUUUGGCGGGUUUGAAUCUUCCUCCUACGGACGAUUGCGAAGUGUUGGUGGGGGACGAAGGUCUGCAUGGAUCGAGUCGAGGAUUGAAGGGGAUGGCAGUGACUGCCGCUGGUGCCAUGUUUGGAGCCGCCGCUCAUGCAUUUUAGGUAGAUCUAGUCUAAACAUACAUUACAUGCAGCUGGCUGUACUAGUAGCUAUGCAUAUUAGUAAAUGGCAAAAGGCUUGACUGAGCAUGAGGCCAAACGAUACAAUCCAACCAGCAUCCAGGUGUGUAAUUCGAUAGUUCCUAUAUGGAUGAUGGCAAGGCAUA